AUGAACGCCUCGACACUACAACCUCCACCUGACCAGCAACAGCAGCAGGGUCAGCCGGUUUACCAGCAACCAACAUACACUGGUCAGUUGCAAAAGAAGAAGGCUCCUGAAGGCUCUGCAGAGUGGUACUUCGACAGGACAUGUGACUGGAUGGGAGACCACCCAUGGCUCACAGGUCUUGGAGCUUUCGGUUUGGCUUACGUUGCCGCCGGUAUGUUCAAAUCGAACCAGCCAGGUUUGAACGGUAAAGCAUUUGUCAAGGGCUCGUUUGGCCCCAAGAUGUCCGCCAAGGAAGCUCUACAGAUCUUGAACUUGAAAGAAACCAACUUGUCCAAGGCCAGGUUGAAGGAACAGCAUAGAAAGUUGAUGAUGGCAAACCAUCCAGAUAAAGGAGGAUCUUCCUUUUUGGCUACAAAGGUCAACGAGGCCAAGGACUUCUUGGAGAAGAGAGGCGGCAUGAAGGAUAAAUAA